AUGUUUAUUACCAUCAAUCACAACCUCCAAACCCUUGCUUGUUGUCAUUAUGGCAAUAUAGAUAUCUCUGUAUCUCUACCUAAUCUCAAGACUUUGGAGCAAACAAUUCAUGCCUACAACUUCAUGGAUACUCUCAUUCAAAUUCUCACACGUCUUCCGGAUCUGGAGUCCCUCCAUUUGAUCAUUCCAAAGGAUGCUUGUGUGUUGAAAUACUGGAAGCUAGAUGAUGCUGAAACGAUGAGAGUCUUGACUCAUCAUCUGAAAAAGGUUAAAUUUCUUGAAUUUGAUGAAGAAAAGCCGAAACUAGAUUUAGCAUGUGCCUUAUUGGAGCAUGGACAUGCAUUAGAGGAAAUGGUUUUCAAUUGGGGUGAUGAAACUAGUAUCUAUUUAAUAAGUAACAGAGUGAUGAAGGAAUCCAAGCUAGCAAAUGCAUCAGAAGGCGAAUCAGAUGGGGUUGAUAUGAUCAGUAAGUUGCCGGAUGAUAUUCUUGAAUUGAUUCUUUCACGUAUUCCAAGUACCGAAGAAUUAACACGAACCAGCAUUCUGUCGAGACGAUGGAGUUUUCGUUUAUGGUGUGCGAGUUGCUACAAUAUGUCGACCAUAAGGCGAUGGAUUCAUGCCGCUGUUGUGAGAAAAGUCAAACUACUUGACAUGUUGUUUCGCCCAAUAGAUGAUUCUGUGGAUAUUGAGAUGCCCGAUUGUCUGGUGGCUUGCGCUUCGCUUGAGGUAUUAAGGUUGCAUCUGAUGAGAGGUCCUCUAAGUGUGCCCAAAUUUACAGGGUUUUCGGCACUUAGGGUUCUUGAGCUGAACGAUGUUGAUUUGUUGAAGAAUGAUUUGGUAAAAUAUUUUCUCGAAAGCUGCCCAUUGCUUGAGGAUUUGAGUUUGAUAGACUGCCCUGCCUAUUCUCUUGUUAUUUCAUCUCCGAUGCUCAAGAAUCUGAGAAUUGAUACCCAAGAACUAGUUGAUGAUGAUGGGUACAGUGAGGAGGGAUUAGAUAUAGAUUGGGCCAUGUGUCUAAGCCUUGAGAUUUCUUGCCCAAAACUGGUGUGUUUAACGUUAACGGGUUAUGUAGCUACCGAGUUUCUCUUUAACAAUCUAUGUUCAUUGAAGAAAGCUGUGAUUUACGCUGAAGAAUUGUUUGAAGUUGAGGAACCCAUUUAUGAUUUGUUUUAUGACAUGCGUCAUGUGGAAUCUUUGUCGAUCAGCCUUCGCUCUGUUGAACAGAUGGGCUUUAGAGAUGAAGAUGACCCUAUAUCUCUACCUAAUCUCAAGACGUUGGAGCUUACAGUUGAUGCCCUACAUGUACUCAUCCGAUUUCUCACCUGUCUUCCAGAUCUGGAGUAUCUUCAUUUGGUUUUUCCAAAGAAUGUUUAUGGAUUGGACAAGUGGAAUCAAGAUGAAGCCACACCUGAAACUAUGAGCAUCUUGACUCGUCAUCUGAAAAAGGUGGAAUUUCUUGAAUUCCAAGAAAAUAAGCCUGAACUAAAUUUAGCCCGAUCCUUAUUGGAGCAUGGAAAGGAAUUGGAGGAAAUGGUUUUCAGUUGGAGUGAUGAAGCCAAGUUCCAUGAGAGGUCAAUGGAGACUAUGAAUCAAGUCUCAGAAUUUCACAAGGCUUCUUCAGCUGUCAAACUUACAGGUUUCGCCGCAGUUGCAUGCUCAGAUUGGCGGGAAACAAACGAAAUCGUUAAACAGAAAUCACUAAAGUAA